CCCACGGCAUGGCCCGGCGCUCCAGCCCCAUGGCGCUGCUCCUCAGCGUUGGCCUCCUCUGUCUCUGUUCAGGGGUGUGGAGUACUGACACAGAGGAGCGGCUGGUGGAACACCUCCUGGAUCCCUCUCGCUACAACAAACUUAUUCGUCCAGCUACCAAUGGCUCUGAGCUGGUGACAGUGCAGCUCAUGGUAUCCCUGGCCCAGCUCAUCAGUGUGCAUGAGCGGGAGCAGAUCAUGACUACCAAUGUCUGGCUGACCCAGGAAUGGGAGGAUUAUCGCCUCACCUGGAAGCCCGAGGAGUUUGACAAUAUGAAGAAAGUUCGGCUUCCUUCCAAACACAUCUGGCUCCCAGACGUGGUCCUGUACAACAAUGCUGAUGGCAUGUACGAGGUGUCCUUCUAUUCCAACGCUGUGGUCUCUUAUGAUGGCAGCAUCUUCUGGCUGCCACCAGCCAUCUACAAGAGUGCAUGCAAGAUUGAAGUCAAGCACUUCCCCUUUGACCAGCAGAACUGCACCAUGAAGUUCCGCUCGUGGACCUAUGACCGCACUGAGAUCGACCUGGUGCUCAAGAGUGAUGUGGCCAGCCUGGAUGACUUCACACCCAGUGGGGAAUGGGACAUCGUGGCGCUGCCGGGCCGGCGCAACGAGAACCCCGAUGACUCCACUUAUGUGGACAUCACAUAUGACUUCAUCAUUCGCCGCAAGCCACUCUUCUACACCAUCAACCUCAUCAUCCCCUGCGUGCUCAUCACUUCCCUGGCCAUCCUUGUCUUCUAUCUGCCGUCAGACUGUGGCGAGAAGAUGACCCUGUGCAUCUCCGUGCUGCUGGCACUCACCGUCUUCCUCCUGCUCAUUUCCAAGAUUGUGCCUCCCACUUCCCUGGAUGUGCCGCUGGUGGGCAAGUACCUCAUGUUCACCAUGGUGCUUGUCACCUUCUCCAUUGUCACCAGCGUGUGCGUGCUCAAUGUGCACCAUCGCUCACCCACCACACACACCAUGGCACCCUGGGUCAAGGUGGUCUUCUUGGAGAAGCUGCCCACACUGCUCUUCAUGCAGCAGCCGCGCCAUCACUGUGCCCGCCAGCGCCUGCGCCUGCGGCGACGCCAGCGCGAGCGCGAGGGGGCCGGUGCUCUCUUUUUCCGUGAUGCCCCGGGCGCAGACUCCUGCACCUGCUUUGUCAAUCGUGCAUCUGUCCAAGGUUUGGCUGGGGCCUUUGGAGCCAAGCCGGAGCCGGAACCUGGGGCUGGUCCUGGGCACUCUGCUGGGCCAUGUGGCUGCGGCCUCCGGGAGGCAGUGGAUGGAGUGCGCUUCAUCGCAGAUCACAUGCGGAGUGAGGAUGACGACCAGAGUGUGAGGGAAGACUGGAAGUACGUUGCCAUGGUGAUUGACCGCCUCUUCCUCUGGAUCUUUGUCUUUGUCUGUGUCUUUGGCACCAUCGGCAUGUUCCUGCAGCCUCUCUUUCAGAACUACACCACCACCACCUUCCUCCACUCGGACCACUCGGCUCCCAGCUCCAAGUGAGACCUUCUCAGCUCCAUGGCUCUUCUCCCCUUGACCCUUGUUAUUCAAUAGUAUAGGGUGGAAGAUGGGACCAGUGAGCUCCUGAAAGAGAGCGCUGCCCCCACAGAUCCAUCCCUGCCUCCUCAGAGCCCCACCCACACCAUCAUCUAUACAGCCAACCCAGCCUGGAGGAUAGAGCAGCUGUGUUGCAUUGGGCUGCAUGCUUCCUCUUGUAUAACCCAGGCAGGCCAUGGUGGAGAGGAAGGCUGAGAGGUGGAGGACAGUGAUGUCAGAGCACCACCCUGCGAACAGUGCUAGGGAAGGGGCAAAGAAGGGGUCAGAAUCGUGUAUGGCCUUCAAGUCACAGGAGAAGAGAUGGAUGGACAGUGCAUCCUGGUCCCCCUUCCAGCAGACUGUUAGAGGCACCUAAUUUGUUAGUCAGGAACUUAGACUCCAUUCUGGCCUGGCUGACACCGUGGUGGGUCAGGAAGAGGAGCGGAAGGGAAAGGCCUAAUGUGACCUGACACUGCAGCUGGGAUGGGAGAACCCACAGUGUCAGAGGAUCCUACAGUCAGACUCCUAGGGAGAGAGCUUCUAGCGUAGUUCCACAGCCCUUGCUUCUGAGAGCUCCAGAGCC